AGGAGAUUCGCCAGAAGUCUUGAUAGAAAAGAGAUUGAGAAGCCAAGCAGGCAGACGGCGGCCUGGCGGGCGCGGCGGCGGUUGAAACUUGAGAGAGUUGUGAUUACAUAUCUAUCUCUGCCCCACGUGGAUAAGCUAAUCACUAGUACUCUAAGUGGGUAUUUUUUCUGGAGCUGUACUAUGCCUGAACGUCUCGUGCGACAAAGUAGAACACCCAGUCGUGUUGUAGUAUAAAGUGCGAAGUAGGUAUCCCGCCUUCCCUCCUCCUCUUCAACUCGCCUUCCACUCAGCACAGCGAACCGAUUCGAGAAUUGAGAGUUGGAUAAGUAGGUAUGAAGUUCUUUACAGGAAUCGCCUUGGUCUUGGAGGCGCUGUCGGUGUUUGCAGGCGUCCUCGCGGACGCGGAGCCGGAAGUCAUCGUCGAUAAGCUGGUAUCGCGGAGGAGCGGCCUGGGCAGGAGGGAUCGCGGGUACUCGAAUGGCGGCAGCAAGGACACGACGGGGAAGUGGAAGAAUGGACGGCAGAAGAACGGAAAGAACUAUGAGAUCUCGUUCUACCACAUCAAUGAUGUUCACGCACAUCUCGAUGAAUUCCGUGCCAGCGGGUCGUCCUGCAUUGAUCCGUCGAAGGGAUGUGUUGGAGGUUACUCCCGUGUCAAAACGGUUAUCGACCAGACGAGGAAGACGCACAAGAACUCGCUGUUCCUGAACGCCGGAGACGAAUUCCAGGGAACCCUUUUCUACACCAUCUUCAAGGGCGAGAAGAUUGCCGAGACACUCAACCAGCUUGGAUUCGACGCUAUGACUUUAGGAAACCACGAGUUUGACGACGGCGACGAUUUGCUCGCCGGUUUCCUGCACAACCUGACUUUCCCUGUCAUUUCCAGCAACGUCCAUACAGACAACAGGGAGCUUGCAAGUGCUCUCCUGCCAUACAAGAUCUUCAAAAAGCACAAGCUCGCGGUCCUUGCAGUGACCACCGAGACUACUGCCGGUAUUUCCAACCCUGGAAACGGCACCACUUUCGAGGAUCCUGUGGCCGCUGCCAUCCGUACUGUCAAGGCCAUCAAGAAGAAGCACCGGGAUAUUAAACGUAUUGUGGCUCUUACCCACAUCGGCUAUGACAAGGAUAUCGAGCUUGCAAAGGCGACGACCGAUAUCUCGCUGAUCAUUGGUGGUCACUCGCACACUCUGCUCGGCAACCAGACUGCCGCCAAAGGAAAAUACCCCACCAUCGAGACCAACCUCGACGGCGACGAAGUCUUCAUCGUGCAGGCCUACCGCUGGGGUGAAUAUCUCGGAUACAUCGACGUAGAGUACGACUCGAAGGGCAAGAUCGUUGCUUACGAGGGUGCUCCCUUCCACCUGACCAAUGCCACCAAGGAGGAUGUCGGACUCAAGUCGCAGAUCAAGGGAUGGUCCACUGCCUUCGAAGCAUACUCCGGUACCGUACUCGGGGUCACUGAGUUCGAUCUCAUUCAGUCCACUUGCCAAUCGAUGGAGUGCACGCUCGGCGACUUCACCGCGGACUCGAUGGAGGACUACCGCCCUUCCGAGAACCUGGCCGGUGCUAUCAUCAACGCCGGCGGUAUACGCGCCGAGAUUGACGCCGGAAAAAUCACGCUGCAGCAGGCGCUCGAGUGCUUCCCCUUCGGCAACAGCAUCGUCGAGCUCGACUUCACCGGCGAGCAGCUAUGGACCAUCUUCGAGGGGAUCGCCUCGCGCCUCAACCAAGAAAACGGCCUCGCAGUAACGAGCAUGGUGCAAGUCUCGCGCAGCAUCCGGCUCACCUACAACCCGACGAACCCCGUUGGCAGCCGUCUCAUCACGCUGAAGAUCAAAGCCCAGCCCAUCGACCUGACCAAGACCUACACCAUCAGCACGCUCGACUUCCUGGCCACCGGCGGCGACAACUUCUGGGCCCCCAGGACCGACUUUGUCACCCUGGACACGAUGGACGAGGUCUGGGCGGACUAUGUGCGCGAGGUCACGCCGAUCUCGUAUGUCCUCGAUGGGAGGAUCGCGACUACCACCGAGACGGUGCCGCAGAAGGGAGUGUAAUUACUCGGCUGCCGAAAGACGGAGUACGACGUGCGUAAUGAUACCCAGGAACUACGGUGAUGUUGGUAUUUGGUAAUGAGUGGCUAAGGCGUUUGUUGUCUGGGUAAUCUGAUAAUCAAUAACUUUUUGAGUCUCCAC